UAUUUUUAGUAGAGUCGGAUUUCACCGAGUUAACCAGGAUGGUCUAGAUCUCCUGACCUCGUGACCCACAUGCCUCGGCCUCCCAAGAUGCUGGGAUUACAGGCGUGAUCCCCUGAGGCCGGCAUAUUUACUCAAUCUUUAGGGAAAAAAAUGUGACAAACGUGGAAUCAUACAUCAUCUGGCCUUUUGUGUCUUAUGAUAUUUGCUUUUGUAUCUAAAUAUUCAAGCUAAAUAGUAUCUACUUCGUGAGGACAUUGGAAUCACUUGGGAUGGUCCUCAGCACAGAAUUUGCCUUCAAAGAAAAAAAAAAUGUUUGCUUCACUUAAUUUGAUUUAUUCACGGAGGGCGAAAGGACACUGUGCAAGGGUGGGAGGGAGUGUACGCCUGCGCUCUGCGCCUUCUAUGGGGCAGUCAAGGGCUUCUGGCUGACCCGAGCGGAGAUCUCGUGAGACUGUCAGGCGGAUGGCGUCAGUCAGAAUGCUCCUUUUGACAACUACUAAAACCAAGGGACAUUGAGAAUCACUAACAAAGCUCAUCAAAAGGGUGGCAGUGAGCUAACGGUAUGGUGGCUUGCCUUGUAAUCCCAGCACUUUGGGAGGCUGAGGCGGAGUGAUCGCUAGAGGCCAGGAGCUGGAGACCAGUCUGGACAACAUAGCAAGGCCCCCAUCUUUACUAAAAUUAAAUCAGCCAGGUGCGGUGGAGCCCGCCUAUAGUCCCAGCUACUCAGGUGGCUGAGGUAGGAGGAUCACCUGAGCCCCGGAGAAUGCAGUGAGCUAAGAUCGAACCACCUGCACCCCAGCCUGGGCGACAGGGCAAAACCCUGUCUCUUAAAAAGUCCUUUUGGUUGUCAGUCUACAAAGAUCACAGAGCAGGGGUUAGAUAAGCAGCCACCACUCUCAUUCAAAAAUCCUAUUCAUUUAGGACUCUGGAAUUACAGCUCUGAAGGAGCUUCCUGGGCCCCAGACUUGAAGAAUCUCACUAAAGGAUAUCCACAUACUGGCUUGUCUCCCAUCCCACUUAGUCCGGGUCUCAACAAGAAUCGCCUCCCUAGUGCCCGAGCAAUCCCUCAGCGUGGCGGAAACGGAUCUCCCCUCUGGAUGGGGCUAAGCGGCACUGCCAGAAACCCCAAUGAAGGGAACGCCGCGUCUGGGCCGCGGUCCGGGUCCGCCCCCUCCCUGGUGGCCAGGGGCGGCCAGGCUGGCAUUCUCCAGGGCUAUGAGGGGCCUGUGUUCCUAAGAGGGCAGGCAACCCGACGGCCCGGGUGCAGGGGCAGUAGCGGCUCCGUCCUCCCGCGCGCAGGCCGAGCGUCACCCCUGCCGCCCUCGUGUCCCCGGGGCCCGCCUCUCACGCCCGCGUCGGCAGCCAGCGACCAGUUCUGGCUGCUCCUGCGGAUCUCCUCCACCGACCACGGCCGCUCCCACACGGGCUCGGACGCCGGCGCCCGCUCCUGGUCGGGGGUCAGCCGGCUCAUCUGCAGCGAAAAAAAACGAGGAGACAGGCUGAGCCUCAGGGCAGCAGGAACGGCGGCCCCAGCCCAGGCGGUUCCCUUUGCGGCCAAGCCUGCCGCCCUCACCAUCCCAGCCUCCCAAGUCUGGUUGGGAACUCCUGACCUCUGGUUACCCACCCGACUCAGCCUCCAAUUUGGCUAUUUUUUUUUUUUUUUUUUGGUAGCGAUAAAUUCUCACUAUGUUGUCAAGCCGUCCUCCUACCUGCAUCUCACAAAGUGCCGGGAUUACAGUGAUGUCAAAUGCGUGGUUCCCCUCUUCAGUAUAUAAGUUUGAUGUGACUUUUCCUGGAUGCAUCUGCCUAUAAGGAGUCCUGCUC